UGAACUUCUAACACCUAAUUAACUAUCUUAUCUCUCCAUCACAUCCAUAAAAGGCUUCGUCUUUACAAUCUUACAUAACCCUUUAUUCUUUAAAGGAUCACCACAUUCCUGAAAAAGGUAUCUCGAAAUAUGAGUGUUUGAUUCCAAAGAGACUACAGGAUAAUUGUUGAAGUAAAUUCAGAUCUCCUCAGAUAAACAUGGGUCAGCGGGUCAGGGGCGGUGCUGCCCAGCACAUCCUGGCCUGGCAAGCUCCGUGGCACGCCCAUUACUGAGCUCAUUAUCUCUACAUACCUUACAAAAAGUUCUCUGAGAGAUCCCAAAGGGGCCUCCAAAACCUUUAAUACCCCCAUUUCCUGGGUGUAUAUAAAGAAGGCUUUUGCAUCACUGUGGCAGAAUGCUGCUGCUAGACGCUAACAUUUAGGGAACCCGGACACAACACUGAGCGAUAAAGAUGCCAACCAGUGCUCCUGAUAAAAGAAUCCUGCCUGCCACUGGCAGACCUGAAAAUAUCCCAGAGUAUGAUUCUAACAUCCCUGAGCCCACAUGCAGAGCUGAUCUUCUAAAAUAUUGGAUCAAUCUGUCUUUUGAUGACAAGACAGCCAAUAAGAUGUUGUGGAUCACAGAGGGUGGAACCAAGGUGUCGCGAAAGACUGAUGAUGUCACUUGUCCCGUCCUGGAUAGACCUGAGAGAUAUGAACACGCCCCCCAGGUUCUCUGCAAGGAAGGUAUCCAAGGCUUCCGAGCUUACUGGGAGGUGAAAUAUUCAGGAUGGGUGGUGGUCGGAGUAGCCUACGAGGGGGCAGGAAGGAGGGGGAGUGACGGACCCUGCGGGCUAGGAGAAAAUGAACAGUCCUGGGGUCUAGGCUGGGGUGGAUCCCACUACCAAGUGUGGUCUAAUGGCGUCAGCACAGAAAUCUGGGAUAUACCUCAGUGCUUCACUAUUGGGGUGUACCUUGACCAUCCAGCUGGUGUAAUCAAGUUUUACGCAGUCAAUGAUGUGAUGGAGGGAGAAGAGAGCGGAGGCACACAGGAGAUCAGGCUGCUGCAGCAGAUAAAAUGCUCCUUUAAGGGUAGGAUGAUGGCGGGUAUCUGGGUCGGACAAAAGUCAUCAUGUGUCUUAGUCAAGCAUGAGGAGUAAUAUAAAAUGAGUCAGAUUUCCUUUAACCAUUAUAUUACAUUUCCAUUUGAAUCUCGUUUACAAAAAAACUGAAACAUGUCAAAUCUCCAAAUUAUCAUAUUUUAGAAAAAUGCAUGGAUAAAAAUCUUUGUAUAUAGAAAAAUGAAAAUCAUGUUUAUUGGUGUCAUAAAUCUUGUAAC